AUGCAGCUGCGUUUUUUUUCGUCUGCCAGGCACUUGCACCGCAAUAUCCUUAAACCCAGAACCCCAAUCCGGGCAACUGCCAAGCCCCCAUGCGAUAUCUUUAUUAACCAUCGUGGAACUGACACAAAGAAAACUAUUGCGGGGUUGCUUGAUGACCAUUUCUUCAGGAUGGGGUUAAGGCCAUUCCUGGAUAGCAAAAACAUGAAGCCUGGUGACCGAUUGUUCGAGAAAAUAGAUCCUGCAAUUCGCGGUUGUAAGAUUGGUGUGGCGAUCUUUUCGCCCAAUUAUUGCGACUCAUACUUUUGCCUCCACGAGCUUGCUCUUCUAAUUGAGAGCAAGAAGAGGGUUAUACCCAUAUUUUGUGAUGUGAAGCCAUCUCAGCUUCAGGUUGUGGAUUAUGGAACCAGUUCAGCCGAGCAGCUGGAAAGAUUUAGUUGGGCUCUUGAGGAGGCGAAGUACACAGUUGGAUUAACAUUUGACACUUUAACAGGGGACUGGUCGCAUUUCUUGAAUACUGCAACCGAUGCUGUGAUUAAGAAUUUGGUGGAGUUGGAAGCUGAAAAUUCAAGCAAGAAAAGUACAUAUAUUGUGCAGGCUCGUCGUGAACGAGAUGAAGAAUUCUCUAUUCAUUAA